AUGGCUGGUAAUGUUGAUGACAAAUUUGUACCUACCAUCCUACCUUUUCUCCCUCCUGGAGUCAGGUUUUCUCCUGAAAAAGGAGAUUUGAUAGAGUUUUUCUUGAAGAAGAAGAUACUUGGUCAGCCUCUUCCCACUGAUUGCGUUCCAACUCUUGAAGUUUACUCCAUAAACCCAGAUCAACUUCCAUUGCCAACGGAUGCAUGGAGAGUAAGGGAUGAGUGGUAUUUUUUCACCACCAAGCCAAACACCGAUUCUGUAAUCCCAACCAAUGAUGGCUACUAUUCUGUUAUAACGGAGGAUCAGAUAAUUAAACAAGAAGAUGAAGACGUUGGGUACAUGACAACCAUGGCUUAUUUUCAAGGCAGGCCACCAAAGGGCAAGAAAUCCAAAUGGACCAUUUAUGAGUUUAGGGUUAAACCAGAUACAAUUCCUGCCACUAAACAUGAUGAUGCUCUAAAAGCAAAGGUUUCAAGUUUUGUUGCUGUAAAUUUGUUCGUGAAAGUGAAAAACCGAAAAGGAAGUACACAAGGAAAAACAAGAAUGACAGAACAGAGUCAGAAGUGA